UAUACAGAGAGAGAAGCAAACAGAGCCACCUAAGAGAGAGAGGUACAGAUAGAGAGAGGGCAGGCAACCAACAAGGAGAACAUAGACACACAUACACACAUGCAUGCAGGCAAUCCAUUGGAUGCAUAUAUCCUUACGAUUAUUAUUUUGGGCCUCCCCAAAGCAUAGAUAUUCUCAUCCGCACCCUAAUAUAUUUUUCUGCCUUCCCCAGACAAAUUCCAAACUCCCAAGCAGACCAGAAAAGGAGGGCAAGGAAGAGAAGGUGCUUCAUCUAUUUCUACAUCCCUCCAUCCCUCUAUCCAUCCAUCCUUUCCAAAUGCAAGAUCUACUGCUGCUUUAAGAGAAGGAGGGGACCAGAAAUUGACAAACCCAUCUUGUGUGUGUGUGUCUCUGUCUCUGUCUCCCCCCCCCCCUCUUUUGCUUGGCUGGCCUCUCUCUGUUGGCUGAAAAGAGGGGGCUUUUUUAAGGAUCUGGAGCCUCUGGGGCGGACAGGCUGGGUGGGGGGGCUUUUGGGACCCUCUGAGCCCCCCCCACACCUCUCCUCCACCUUCUCUUCCUCUUUCUCCUCCCUCCUUUUUCUUUGCUUUUCUUUUUCAUUCCUUGCAUCUUGGCUUUUGAUAGGAUUGAAGCCUCCCCCCAACCAUUGAAAAAGAAAGGGGGGGGAGGACACACACACACAGUGGAUAUUGUCCAUGUUUUGAAGGAGGGAAGGAAGCAGCAGCUCAGGAGGAGGGGGAACAAAAAGAAGGAAAGAAAGAGAAAGAAAAGAGAAAGAAAGAAAUCAAGGCUAGGAGAGUGAGAGUGUUUUGGAGCAGGGGGUCUUGAUAGCUGUGGGUCCUCAUCACACCCCUCUCUUUCUCUCUCUCUCUCUCUCUCUCUCUUUCUCUCCUCCUCCUCCUCCCUUCCAUCCUUCCAAAAAACUACCACCACAUUGCUCCUGAGACAUCUUCUGCAAGGACCAUCAGUCACUUGGAAGUCUGACAGAUCCCUCAAGGCUUGAUGGACAGCUACUUGGGAGAAAGGAGAUCCCUCCAAGCAAGAAAAUAAAGCCCCCCCUCAUUUUAUUUUAUUCUAUUUUAUCUUUUUAACACAUAAGACCACAUUCAUGGAAACCUCAAGCCGGCACCCGACUAACCCACCUGCUUAGUUUUUCAGACUCCAAAGGCUGAAAUUUGGGGACAUUGUUGAAAUUCUUCUUUGAAACUCUUGACCAAGCUGCAAGGCAACUGUCCCUCUGGGUUUGGAGAGAAAAAUCAUUAUAUAUGAAUAUAUAUAUUAUUUGUUUUCAAACAGCAGCAACAACUAAGAAAACUAAAAUCCUUUCUUCUUCAUCAUCUUUUUGGCAACAUUGUCCUAAUUUUUUAUUAUUGCUCUCCUCCUCUUCCUUGGUUUUGUUGGAAUGAUGGACUUAAGGAGGGAGCCAGAAUGAAAGACCCCUUCUUUGGAAAGGACUGAAGUUUUCCCUGGAAACUUUAAAGCCGUAAGGAAAAGACACGCUGGAGGAUAACAUUUAGGACUAUCUGAUGGCACAAAGGUACGAUGAGUUGGUCCAUUACGCCGGGAUGGAGGGGGUCUCUCUGCCGGGGGCCGGGGGCUUUGCAGACCCCCACCCAGGAAGCCGGGCCCUGGGCCCCCACCCUCUCAGCCAGGCCUCUCCCUAUGGCUCCGCAGGGGUCAGCACCCACAGGCCUGGCAUGCCUCCCGGGCUGGGUACCAAUGAUGCCCUGAAGAGAGAAAAAGAUGAAAUCUAUGGGCACCCCUUGUUCCCGUUGCUGGCCCUGGUCUUUGAAAAAUGUGAACUGGCAACUUGCUCUCCCCGGGAUACGUCUGGCUCUUAUCCAGGAGGAGACGUCUGUUCGUCGGAUUCCUUCAAUGAAGACAUUGCCGUCUUUGCCAAACAGGUUAGGACAGAAAAGCCUUUAUUUUCUUCCAAUCCUGAGCUGGAUAACUUGAUGAUCCAGGCCAUCCAAGUCCUGAGGUUCCACCUUCUGGAGUUAGAAAAGGUACAUGACCUCUGCGACAACUUCUGCCACCGUUACAUCACCUGCCUCAAGGGGAAGAUGCCUAUCGACCUGGUCAUCGAUGACAGAGACGGGGGCUCCAAGUCUGACCUGGAAGAUUUCGGUGGGUCUUGCGCCAGCCUCUCUGAUCAGAACAAUUCCUGGAUCCGGGACCAUGACGAAACAGGAUCUACGCAUUCGGGAACGCCGGGACCCUCCAGUGGUGGAAUUGCGUCGCAAAGCGGAGAUAACUCCAGUGAACAAGGGGACUGUCUAGACAACAGCGUGGCCUCCCCCAGCACAGGAGACGACGAUGACUUAGACCGAGAUAAAAAACGGAACAAGAAGCGAGGCAUCUUCCCCAAAGUGGCCACAAACAUUAUGCGCGCAUGGCUAUUUCAACACUUGUCGCACCCUUAUCCCUCAGAAGAACAAAAGAAACAAUUAGCUCAGGAUACGGGACUGACGAUCUUGCAAGUGAAUAACUGGUUUAUUAAUGCCCGGCGGCGCAUAGUUCAACCUAUGAUCGAUCAAUCAAAUCGGACGGGUCAGGGUGCACCGUACAGUCCCGAUGGGCAACCGAUGGGAGGCUAUGUCAUGGAUGGGCAACAGCACAUGACGAUCCGUCCCCCAGGACCAAUGGGAAUGACAAUGGGCAUGGAGGGGCAAUGGCACUACAUGUAAAGCUCACUGCUGGCACCAGAGGGGAAGUUGCCAGAUAAGGUUAGGGGUGCUGGCCAACACACCCCACCAGGUUUAGGGGCACAAGACCUGUGGCACCUCAGGGUCCAGCAUGCCCUUCCUGCUGACUUCUCCCGCGGUCUGCAAGAACGUGCCAUAGACUGUUCUCCCUCCUCGCCAACCCCCGAUGCACGCCCACCGUCCGCACUGCCACACACGACCCGAGGAAGCAACCCUCAACAACCCACCCGGACGGAUUGAAUACGGAUGGGGUGUCCCGUGUUAUCAUCCCUGUCCCAGCUCUUUCUUCAACCCUUUGUUGCCAAAUGAAAAGCCGAUCCAACAGCGCGCAGCCAAGACCUCAAAGAGUUCUGACCCUCCGAGUGGCGUCUCAUAAACCAAGGUUUGGGGACCGGUCGACAGAUCACAAUAAGCCAGCCGGCCUGAGAUGGAAAGGAGUCUCUCCCUCCCCAGCACUGAAAGAAGAAAGAGAUGGACAGCCACCGCCAUCCUGAAAGAGAGACAUGGGCAGUGGGAAGGCUGAGGGGUUAAUGUUGGAUUUGUUGGGGUCUGUUCUGUAUUUCGUUUCCCUCCACCACCCGCGGACCAUGCGCACGUUUGUACACUCUCUGCCACCGCCAAGGAGGCCUGGCUCAGCUCCGGGCCUCAUUUUCCCUCCACGGACUUCUUUUCCAAGCAAGACGAUGUUCAAAGCAGGGUUUGGGUUUUUUUAUUUUCCUUUCCAUUUUUGUUAUAUUCCCUCCCCUUCCUCCUCCUUUCUUCCUUCCGGAGGUUUUAAUUAUUAAUUAAUUAUUGGUGUUGAUGCUCAGAAAGGGGAAGUAAAUUAAAUGGUACUUUUGAUUUUCCUUUUGAGUUCCUUUUUGGGUUUGUUUUUUUUAAUGUGCUUUGUUUUUUUUAAAAAAAAAGAAAAAUGGAAAUAAUUCGAGAAAAAAGAAAAU